AUGUCAACGUCUUUGCCUUCCGUGACGACGAGGACAGAGCCCCGCUCUGCCCCCGAUGGCAUGGGCAAUGGGUUGUUCGCAACAUCAGAUAUUAAAGUUGGCGAAGAUGUAGUGCAUGCCGCAGUGCCCUUCGUCGCGGUGCUCGACUCACCGCGUCUGGAGGAUACCUGUUCCGGCUGCUUUGGGAAGAAGCAGAUGGAGGGAGGAGCCGAUUUGAAGGCAUGUACGGGAUGCCGUGUGGUCAAGUACUGUGAUAGGCCUUGUCAAUCAAAAGAUUGGAAAUUUGCACACUCUAUGGAAUGCCCCAUUUUCCAGAAGCUCAAACCCAUGGUGCUCCCGAACAAUGCCCGAGCUCUUCUGCGGAUGGUUCUGCGCACCGGACGCGGCAAAUACAGCCCACGGGAGCUGGAAAUUUUCAAUGGUCUGGAGACUCAUAUGAGCCAGAUCCAAGAAAUCCAAGCGCAAUUUGAUCGCGUCAAUUUGACAGCUAAGGCUGUCAAGGAGUACUCCCAGUCUGAUAUGACCCACGACGACAUCGCGGCCUAUGCCGCUAGAUUGGAUCUCAACUCAUUCAACCUUACCACUGCACUCUAUGAUCGAAUCGGAUUGUACUUGCAUCCGUACGCCUCCUUGAUCAACCACAGCUGCGACUACAAUGCUACAGUCGGAUUCGACGGCGAAGAAAUCUUCGUCAAAGCCAUUCGACCUAUCAAAAAGAACGAGCAAAUCUUUGUCUCCUACAUCGACACUACAACCCCAAACGAAGUCCGGCGGAAAGAACUAAUCGAGCGCUACUUCUUCGACUGCCAAUGCCCGAAAUGCGCCAAAGGCAAAGACACCCCAGAAGACCGUUUCUCUAAGCCGGUAGAAGACACAUCGGUCCUGGAAGAAGCCGAGCGUCAGGCACUAGAACUCAUGCAGUCCGCCUCCGCCUCCGACGCGAAGCCAGACGAAACAAUCGCAUGCCUCGAAUCCGCACUGCACGCCCUCCAUAAAAGCUCCGUUUGGCCGCUAACUCGCCAACCCUACGCCUCUAUCCGCGACCAGCUCAUCGUUUCCCUUCUAGCGGGGGAUAAGUUCCAUAAAGCAUUCAUCCAGGCUGCGAUUCGGUACCUUCGUGUCGACCCGGAGUUGUAUAGUCCGGCGCAUCCGAUAAGACAUAUCCACGCUUGGAUCCUCGCAAAGCUUGCUAUCUAUAUCUCCCAAGGAGGCGAGCCUAGCCCCAGAGACCCGAUCCAGUUGCAGGACUUUGGGAUUAAUUUUCACUAUAUCUUGUGGUAUAUCCUUGCUGAUCUAGCUAGUAGACAGCCGGAGAGCUGUACCGUGCCGAGCUUUAAGAAACUUGUUGGGGCCAAUUUUGCUCAGGUGCACAACGAGUUCAAGUCGCACGGUAUUGAUCCGAGCACUCAGAAGGCUGUUGUGAGUGCUGAGUGGAGGAAGCUGGAGAGGCUUGUUCAGUAUGCCUUGGAUAGGGAAUGA